AUGAGCGCGUCUAUAGAGACGGAGAUUCUGAACAAGUACAAUCUCUCGACGCUGUACCCCGCAGCAUGGCCUGAGGAGAAGGACGCCGCCGACGAGGAGGAUGAAUUCGACCAACCAGCCCCCAAAGCCACACCCCAAGCAAUCCGCCGGUCACGUUCACGAUAUUCUAUUCUAGAGCCCAGUGCCAGGUUUUCACGGCAGAUUCCGGGCGCUGAACGAUCGAAAGAUGGCGUGGAGACGCUGGUACAAAAGGACGAACAGGACCCGUUGGGCAUGUACCCGAGUGUAGUGCAGGUGCUGCGGGCGAAGAACAUCCAGGUCGAAGAUGACAUCAAGUUGCGCAACCGCUUCCUCUUGAGCUCUACUACCUUUUCGCCCUCGCUAUUUCUCUCACAAGUCCACAAUGAAGCAUCUACAGACUCACUGCUCGCCGGUCUUGACUUUCUUUCCCGGUCUAUUGAGCAAAAGUCAGCAUCGCUCAAGAUCCUUGUAGAAUCAAACUUCGAUCGCUUCGUAGGCGCAAAGGCUACAAUCGACCGCGUGUAUAAUGAGAUGCGCGAUCAAGGAAAAGAACAUCUAGAGCCGCCCAGUGGCCCACAACAUACUAGAGGAGCAAGCCGUUCGAGCUUUUCAGGCCGAAAGACCAGCGCAAACACAUCCUUGGCACCGGGCGCCGAUGCUGCGCCAGUUGAGAAGAAGAAAAACGCGCUGGUCAAGGAAAGCGAAUAUGGUGUACAUGGCAUUAAGGUUCCACUCACUGAAGUCGCCGUCAAGGCAGAGGAGGUGUGGGGACCGGCGCUGAAUGGCCGUGAAAGGGAAGAGACGCUCAAGUCCAUACUGGAGUCUGUGGACCACCAUCGAGGGCUGUUCGAGGUGGGGUCGGCCAUGCAGGAUGCGAUACGGCGAAAAGACCACGAAACAAUCACCGAAGAGUACAAGCGCGCGAGAAAGUACGCGGACGAAGCCCGCUAUAUAGUAGAAAAGGCCACUUCCGCUCGGAUACCACUUACUGACGCUGAGAUACACCAAGUUAUUGUGACGGCGAGGAUGUGGUCGGACGUGGAGCGACAGGUUGAGCAUUUCAAGCGCGACUCUUGGAAGCGCCUGACCGCCGCACACUUUACGAACAUCCAGACAAGCGAAGAAACCAAGUCGGACGAGUAUUUGAGCAUCAUCUCCAUCAUGCUUGAGUUGGGUGUAGAAGAUAACCCCAUCUGGGUUUGGCUGCUUUCGCGCUAUGAGCAUCUCAAGUUCCGCCUCAACACUACAUGCCAGCGAUCAGUGGUUGAGAUUGAGAUUCUCCGCCGCCAUUUGGCUAAUGGCGAAAAGCCUAGUCUGCGAUUGCUGCAAAAGUAUCUCCGUUCAGUCCCUACUAGCAGCAACAUUACUGCAGAACCAUCGAAGCUGGACAACCCCAAGGUCAUUGAAUUCUGGGAACACGUGUAUGCUUCAAUGAAUACCCUACUUUCGAACAAAGGUGGACUACUGGCCGAACUUGUGGAAUAUUGGGAAAUUGCGCAGUCGUUCCUCUCUGGACGUGCGCAAAGGAAUCUUCCUACUGGCUACCAAGGCCAGUCAUCUGUCCAUCAUAGACUCACUGCCGAGAACAAGGAAGAGCUUGAAAGAGGUUUAACGGAGCUCAUCACCAUCCUACGAGAACAUCUCUUCUCCUUCUUCUCUGAUCCGCCUAUUGAGGAUGUAUCACUGCUCUUUUCGCCACUCCCAAUGUCUCCCACGCCGACAACACCAAGAACACCACUCAGCGCUCUCAUGAGUCCUUCAUCGGCGUCUAGGUCUCGUUUUGACCCAGCCAAAGUACCACCACCAUCACCCAGUCGAGGCGAGGCCUGGGAGAAGUAUGCUUUCUGGCCUCCUCACUCCAAUGCGCUUUCUGGGUCACACUAUCUCUCUAAGACGCUGGUUUUGAUUGGCACAGCAGCCAAUGAACUUGCAUCGUUACAGAUUCCCGAGAAUGGGAGCGGUGGCCGUCUUGAUGAAGCUCUACGUUUGUUGCUUGGUGGUGUGCGUGAACGCUGCGCACAGGCUGUAUGUGCAGCCUGGAACACUGAUGCUGAGAAGCUCAAGGUUCUUGAAGACUGGACAAGAAAUGCGGAUCGCAAAGAUACUACGAACCUACCACAACGCUUCCUCGCAGUGCAGAGUUUCCUGCUCAACAAUCUGCAGAAGAUAUUAUAUGUUGAGUCGUCGAGCAAGACCAGAGUGGAUGUAGUCGUACCGCCGAGCAAUAAGCUGCUCCAAAUGUCCAACCGCCUCCUCCUCACCCUAGCCAACAUGACAGCCUUCCAAUCAGAAAUAACCCCCCAACUCCUCUCCCUCUUCGAAACCCUCUUCAGCGUCCAACUCAGCGACGAAACAAACCGCAUCCGCGACGUCCUCUCGCAACUUGACCUCCAACUCUUCCGCUCCUACACCAAACCACACGCCACAAAAAUCCACGCCACAAUCGAAUCCGGCAUCUUCAGCCCCUCGUGGGCUCCCGAACCUAGCUCAGGUUCCAAAUCCGUAGCCGACCGCGACCCAAGCCCCUACGUCUUCUCCGUGCUCCUCGACCUCGUAAUCGUGCACACGGAAUCAAGCACCACGUCCGCGCCGCUCACCCCCCGCAUCCUGCGCUCGUUGUUCGAAGCCACAACCGCGUCUCUCAUAUCGACAUUUCAGUCGGACAAUCUACCCACCAUCUCGCUGCCGCAGCUCAUGCAAGCGACGCUGGAUGUCGAGUUCAUGGCGCAGACGCUUGCGAGUUAUACCACGGAGAAGGCGAGUCAGAUCCAGACGGAUAUCUAUCAGGUGUUGGAUCAGAAGACGGAUAAUGCGGCGAGGGUGCGGUUGCAGGAGGAAUUGGGUAGUUUGAGGGUUGUGCUGAAGAGGUUGAGGGAGGGGACCAAGGUGCAGUUUGCGUGUUUUAGGAGGGUUAAGAGGGGCACUUUGGCCGGUGGUGCGGCUGCGGGGGAGGAGGAGAGGGGGAGAAGGUAG